AUGUUUGUACCCCCAUCUUCCACUCCCCCCGACCUAUCGGAACACCCAGAGAUCGCAGAAGCUGUCGCGUUCGCUACCAAGAACUGUUCUCUUGACAUAGUGGACCUGUACUUCAAGGAACCGGCUGUCAAAGAUGCCAUUCUUCGGUUCGUUACAGAGGUACAGCUGGCACACCCGAAAACCCCUGGGACAGGCCUGAUGGCUUACAUGGCCAUUGGCCUCUUGCACAAGUACGGGCUGGCUGUACCUCAAGGAGGCGGUUCAGCGUUUACCGCAGCCGUUAUUCGCUCCAUAGAGGCCCAUGGAGGUGAAGUACGCCCGAACACAGAAGUCAUCAAGAUUAUAACAGAACAUGGCCGCGCAGUCGGUGUCCGCACAAGAGCCGGCGAGAUUCGUGCCCGAGAAGCAGUAAUCGCCCAGAUCCACUUUCACAUUCUAGACAGGCUCAUAGAUGGGCUAGACCCGGAAGUCAUCUCUGCAGCAAAGAAGACAAAACUUUCCGAGUACACUCUUUUUGUUGUACAUGCAGCAAUGGAAAAGCCGCUCAAGUUCCGGGCUGGCGGUAUCGCCAACGAAGUAGUCGUGAAUACUAUCUGCCCGGGGAGUGUUGAAUCUGUUAUCCAAAGCUACGGGGGGAAUAAGGUUGUAGGGGCUUCCAUCAUCACCAAUGCUGAUCCCACGAGAGCUCCGCCAGGAAAGUCGCUUCUUCAUGCUAUAGUCAUGCUCCGCGCUGACAACUGUGAGGUUGGCUUCUACGGGUGGGACAAGAUCAAGGACAAAGUCACAUACAAUAUUUUCCAGUACUUAUCCAAGUAUGUUGAGGACUUGAGCCCCGAUCAAAUUCGGGGUUAUCACGCGGUUACACCUUUUGACCAUGAAAGUGAUACGCCCUGCUUCCAGCAUGGCGAUAUUUGUGGCCUCUCAAUGGCUGCAGAUCAAAUGGGCGCUGCUCGUCCUGCACCCGCUUUGGCCCAAUAUCGCGUUCCUGGUAUUAAGGGUCUUUACCUCGCUGGCCCUUUUAUGCACCCAGGAGGUGGCGUUUGGGGAGGUGGGCGUCCUGUGGCAAUCCGUGUAUUGGAGGAUAUGGGUAUAGAACCUAUUUAUGUCAAUAAGACUCGGCCGUGUAAGAAGCCCGCAUCCCCUUUUGCCAAAUGGCCCCCAUUUGACAAUGCGCGGCACCUUGUCAUCUAUUUCCGAAUGGAAGAUGUCUGCACGUAUCUUGGCUCUGUCACCAAGUGUGGCGAUGUGAUCUUGACCCAAGCUGCGAGAGCGUGGGUGCUUCUCGUGCCCAGCGAGAAGCUGAACGCUUCUGGGUUCUGCUGGAAGAGCUUGUGGCUUGAGCGUGUCGCGCAGCACGACAUCGUCCGACAACGACAGGGCUUUGCGACAGUGCUCGGCUAUGACUUCGCUGGCCGAGUUCUUAAGGAUUCCCCCGGUUCUAAGUUCGAGGAAGGCAAUGCCGUUGCAGGAUACAUGCCGAUAAGCAUAGCGCAAUCGAGGAAAUACGGUACCUAUCAAAGCUUCCUUGCAGCUCCUUGUGACAUAGUGUUUAAACUCCCUUCGAACCUGCCAGAGCCUUACGCAGCUGCACUCACUUUAGUGGUGAUGACCGCUGCCGACAUUGUGCAUAACCUGUUCAAGUGCCCCUUGCCUACAAGCCCUGGCGCCUUUUCCGGUCCGAGCCUGAUCUAG